CAGUCCAUAUAUGCAUUACUUCACCAAUCGAAGAGGUCGACUAACAACAAUUAUGAAAUCCCUAAACAGAAGUAGUUCAGUAAUGUCGCCAAGGAUUCUAGUAUUUGCAAGUCUUAUCCUGCCCUUCUUUGUCUCUAUGGCUCUAGCCGAAGUGCAUUACUAUGAUUUUAUAGUAAAGGAGGUAAACUUCACCAGAUUAUGUGAAAACAAGCUCAUGUUGGUUGUAAACGAAAGUUAUCCAGGUCCACCAAUCCGAGCUCGCAAAGGGGAUACCAUAUAUGUUAAUGUUUAUAAUGAAGGAUUUUAUGGCUUUACCAUUCAUUGGCAUGGAGUCAAGCAACCAAGAAACCCUUGGUUUGAUGGCCCUGAAUAUGUAACACAGUGUCCAAUUGCACCCGGUACAAAUUUUACCUAUCAAGUUCAGUUGACCGAGGAAGAAGGAACUGUAUGGUGGCAUGCUCAUAGUGACUGGACAAGAGCCAGUGUUCACGGUGCUAUUGUAGUUUUGCCUGCUCUUGGAACCAUGUUUCCAUUUCCAGAGCCAGAUGAAGAGGAGAUCAUUGUUUUCGGAUCUUGGUACCUGGGAAAUUUGAGAGAACGAGUUGAGGAGUCUUUGCAGCCUGGAAGUACCGAGACUCUACCCCAGUCAGAUGCUUACACCAUCAAUGGCCAACCCGGCGAUUUUCUUCCAUGCUCCAUAAAUGCAACAUGGCGUCGUAAGGUGGAUCACGGCAAGACGUAUCUUCUUCGCCUGGUGAAUGCUAACAUCGAUGCAGAGUUUUUCUUUGCAAUUGCUGAGCACAACCUAACUGUGGUCGGACUGGACGGAGCCUACACAAAACCGAUCAACACCAGAUAUAUAGUUGUCACUCCGGGACAAACAAUGGAUGUGUUGCUCUAUGCAAAUUCUACUCCGGGGCUCUAUUACAUGGCUGGUAGACAAUACCUGAGUACCACAUCCGACACCGGUUUCGACCAUAUGAAUGCCACUGCAAUCCUUCAAUAUAAUGGCAACUAUACCACAACCGACGCUCCUUUAUUUCCCGAGCACCUUCCCAUGUACAUGUCCCAAGCAGAAGCCUUCAAUUUCACCAAUAAGAUUAGAAGCUUAGCCUCACCCGAACAUCCCGUUAACGUCCCAAAGGAGAGUGAAAUUACUACAAGAAUGUUCAUAACAGCUUCCAUGAACUCUCUUUACUGUGCUCCAGAUUUAGGUCCUACAUGCGUAAACAUAAGCUUCGCUACAAGCGUCAAUAACAUCAGCUGGGUCAAUCCAACUACAGACUCUAUCUUGCAAGCCUACUACAGGAACAUAAGCAACCCGAUUUAUGAAACAGAUUUCCCGGACCAGCCGCCUACUUAUUUUAAUUUCACAGAUGGAGGGACGACGAUGUCUACUGUGCUGACAGUUCAAGGGACAAAGGUUAAGGUGCUAGACUACAAUGAAACCGUUGAGAUUGUGUUCCAAGGGACUAAUGUGAUGGGAGGUGCCGUGAAUCAUCCAAUGCAUUUGCAUGGGCAUAGUUUCUAUGUGCUCGGAUUUGGUUUCGGACCCUUUGAUCCAGUGAAGGACCCUAAAGGCUAUAAUUUGGUCGAUCCUCCUUAUGUUGCUACAUUCGUCACUCCCAAAAAUGGAUGGCUAACUAUCAGAUUUGUAGCUGAUAAUCCUGGGGUGUGGUUCUGGCAUUGUCAUGUAGAUAGACAUAUGACAUGGGGUAUGGAGGCGGCGUUUAUAAUCAAGGACGGGGGCACUGCUGAGACUAGUAUGCUUCCACCACCAGCUCAAAUGCCUUCCUGUGAUGUUCCAUUGGAUUCUGCUAUCAGAAAUUACGAGGCCUUGAUUGAAAAGCAAAUGGAGUAAACAUAUGUAGCUAUUCAUUUUCUCUACCGUUUCCUAGCUAGUAAUAAUAAACAUUGUUCCAUUGAACUAGUCAUUGUAUGUUUGUAAUGUUCCAUAUCUCAUAGAUGUGGAGGAUGACAAGACUUCAUAUCUUCUAUCCAAUAUAUAUAACAAUACAUUGUUGAUUUUUGUGA